AUGGGCACGGGCGCGGGCUUCUGCGGCCAGUGCUUCCAGGGCGGGCGCGCGCUGCCCGGGAGCAAGUGCGGCAGUUCGAGGUCGGACUGCGAGUUCUGCGGGGGCCAGGCCACCUGGUGCGAGGAGAAGGAGGAGGAGGCUGCCGUGCAGGCCGCGGCUGGCGGCGGCGGCGGGGAGGGCCAGUGCUGCCUCGCCGCGAUGGACUCGGGCGACUUCUGCGGCACCUGCUUCCCGAACGCGAUCGCCAACUCGUCGAGCAGGUGCGGCAGCUCGCGCGCGGCCUGCGAGGACUGCGGCGGCGGGUCCCAGUGGUGCGGGGCGAGGCCGAGGGGCGACGAUGAGGCGGCCGCGCUCGUGCUCCGCGGCCUGGAGGGGCCAGCCGAUGACGCGGAGCCGUUCGACUGCAAGGCGGGCCUGGCCAAGUGGGAGAGCGGCUGGUCGAACGCAAAGAAGUCGUGGUGCUGUGAGGUGAAGGGGUCGCCGUGCCCGGAGACCACCACCGCCGCGGCCGAGACAGCCGCCGCCGCUGUCGCGGCCGAGACCACUGCGGCCGCGGCCGACACCACGCCGUCGGCCCCUGAGGCGGCGCCUAAGACCUCCAACGGCACGGCGGCCGCGAACUUCUGCUGCUUGGCAUCUUCCGACGUUGACGACUUCUGCGGUUCUUGCCUCCGCCCAGCGAAGUCCGGCCAGGACGCCCCUUGCGGCAACGACCAGUCCUCCUGCCGCGCCUGCUCCGCGAAGGCGCGUUGGUGUUCUCCAGAGGCUUCGCGCGGCGAGGCGGUCUCGGCAGCGCCAGCGGAGGCCGCGGGUUUGGUGAAGGAGGGUGGCUCUAACGACUCGUUCUGCUGCCUGGCCGCGUCUGAGACCUCGGACGUCUGCGGCACGUGCUUCGAGAACGCGAAAGCAAACCGAUCCAGCCACUGCGGCGCGUCCGAGAAGAGCUGCGGCACGUGCGGGGGCAUGGCCGCGUGGUGCUCCGCCGCGGGAGGCGCCAAGCAUCAGCAACAGCAGCAACAGCAGCAGGAGCAGCAGCGCGAUAGCUCAGUCAACAGCAGCGAAUCUGCUCGCGCAGUGGAGCCCACCGCCGCCAGCUUCUGCUGUCUCGCCGCGGCGGAGGACAGCGGCAGUAGCUUCUGCGGCACCUGCUUCGCAAGCGCCCGGGCCGAGGGGGACAGCCACUGCGGCCAGUCCAAGGAUGCCUGCGAGGACUGCGGCGGCUCGGCUAGGUGGUGCGACGCCCCGUCUGGCAGCGAUCCGUGGCGACGCAGAAGAUGCGGGGACCGGAGGCUCCGGCCACACGGGCGUCGCUUCCGAGACCACCACCAGUGCGACCCCGAAGAGCAGCACCACCGCCAGCGCGGCCCCGAAGAGCAGCACCACCACCAGCGGUGCCUCGAAGAGCAGCACCACCGGCGCGGCCCCGAAGAGCACCACUACCAGCAGCGCGGCUCCGAAGCCUGCGUGUCCCGGCAUGGUGGAGAUCCAGGCCCACGGUCUGUCUGA